UUCAUCAGAUCAGUUUGAAAUUUGAAAUCGUCGAAGGCGGAGCGUUGCCACUUUGAGUUGAAACUUAAACGCACGAUAUUUUUUCAAUUUAAUGUCCACUGUUUGUAUUUGUCUCUGACAUUGACACCAAUUUUACGUUGCCAAAUAUUUUAAUCCGAUGAAAUUCAUGUUUUCUUUCCAGCUGAAUUUCACCCGCUUUCACCUAUUUGGUCGUUGUUAGCAGUGUGUCAGUGAACCUCGGUGAUAUGUGACAUAUUCGCCCUUAUAGUUUUUGUUGUUUUUUUUUGAGUUUUUUGACUACGAAGUACGAAAAACAAAAAUUUUAAAGUGCUUGUGUCACCUUUGCAGGGUGAGAUAGAAAAGAUCGAUAAUUAUUGUUGCCAGCUAAGGUAAACGAGUUUCGAGCACGACUUGGCAACUGUGUACCUACAGCUGAUUAACAAAGAAGCAUUCAUUGACUGUGCCCUGACAGGAGUGACAAGAUCAGUUUGCAUUUUUGGAGUGCCUACAAUAAAGACGAAAAAAGACAUAUUUAAUCGGAAAGACCAACACAAGCAUUAUAAUAGUGGCAGAGAGGGAUGGUGUACCUUCUGGCGGAGUGGGGUAUGGGAGAUAGUGAUGUACCUAAUGGCAAGCGCUGUAAUUUUAGUACUGUUAGUCCAUCUGAAAAUGGAAUUAAGUGUUCAAGUGACAGACAACUUCUUAGCACCCCUGGAAAUAAUGAAGUCGAUUUGUUGCCUUUAAGUAAUCAAGUGGGUGGUCAUACAAGAUUGAUGGUCCUAAACCCUAGCACGAUCUGUAAGCCGCUAAACUUUCGAGAACUUGAUUUUUACCAAAACAUCCAAGAUCAAGAAAUAAAAAUGUUCGUUCCAAAAUACAAAGGGGUUAUGCAGGCAACAUUAUGUAGCGGAUCAAAAAUGGAUAAAAGAUAUAGCCCUAGUUUUGUCGAUGAUAAUGCCAAGAAUAAAAAUGAUAGGAAAAGAAAACGUGAGGAGGUAUUGAAAAUGAGAAUUCACCACACGGGUAACCCUAAAGAUGUGAUAAAAAGUAUUUCCCAUUCGGACAAUUCUAACAAGCAGUAUUUUUUAAUGCUCGAAAAUAUUACUUCUCAUUUUGACCACCCAUGUAUACUGGAUUUGAAAAUGGGCACUAGGCAACAUGGUGAUGAUGCGAGCGCAGAAAAGAGAACCAAGCAAAUGGCCAAAUGCGCUGCCAGUACUUCAGCCAGUUUAGGUGUAAGAUUGUGUGGAAUGCAAGUAUACCAAAUAGACACGGACUUCUACUAUAAGAAGGAUAAGUAUUGGGGUAGAGAGCUUAAGGAAGAAGGUUUAAAGAAUGCCCUUUGUCGAUUUUUUGAUAACGGAUCUGGUCUUAGAGUAUUUGUAAUAAAGAAAGUACUAUCAAAACUAGAGCAGCUUAGAACGAUUAUUGAAAAACAGAGCUGUUAUAGGUUCUAUUCCUGUUCCCUUCUUAUAGUAUACGAAGGAACGCCUUAUCCAGCCUCAAUCAACCCGCACUCGGAUACUUCAAACCCCAUAUUUGCAAGCACCUAUAGCGAAGGAACUCAAUCAACCACACAACAUCCAUGUUUUUAUGAUGCUGAUACCAGCAAUUCUUCCACUGACUUUAACUCUAGUUUUAAUUCGGAGUUUGGUUACUCGACUGAUUUCAACUGCAGAGACUGUAACUCUAGAGACUUUGGUAAUUCCGUGGACUUUAAUGGGUUUUCAAGUGAAGAGGUUAGUCAGGAUUCACAUCAUCGAGGUUUUGGGGAAGCAGCCGCUAGGGGAAGUAGAGAGGCAAAAACAAAUUUUGUACCAAUUAGUGAAGAAACUGUAUUUUUAGAUUCUACUCCAAUUUUAAGCAUAACCAAUUCCAGUCCAAGAUCUGUGGACAGUUGGAUGGCAUUUUCGAAUAGCUCAAGUGACGAUUGUUCAUUGAGCAAUGCAAACUCAAGCUCAAAUGACGAGAGUUCCGAUAACGACUCUUCACCCCAAAAAAUAAAAAGGAGUUGCUCAUUAAGGCUAAGUGACUUGGAAAUUGAAGAUAGUACCGAAGAUGAAGAUUUAAUUCCGCAAUUAGCUACCAGAAAUAAUAGCUCGAAAAGGUUGUGCAUAGAAGAGACAUCUACUACUUCACUUGAGAGGCGAACGAAUCUUAGCCCUAACCCCAAAGUAGAUGUACGGAUAAUCGAUUUUGCUCACACUUCGUUUACCGCAAAAAACAACUUUAGCAAUAUCAAAACAAAUAAAGUGCACGAGGGCCCUGACGGUGGAUUUCUUACUGGUCUAGACAGCUUAAGUAGACUUUUAUCUCAAAUUUUGGAAGAAAACCAAUAGAUAAUCACUAUUUUUCGUAAAUAUGAAGUUAAAUCCUCAUUCAGCAAGAGGCAAAUAUUUUUAGAGAGACGUUUAAUUAGAAGCCCAUAUGUGAAUAUUUAGGCUUAUUUUGCUUAAAUUUAAAAACUGUUAAUUUUUUCUUAUAAUGGAAAAUACAGGAAAGACUUAAAAUACUGAUUUAUUACUAAAUAAGGUAUGCUUGACGUACAGGAUGUACUGACUUUGAUUAUUGCAUGUACUGAGUAAAAACAAAGUUAUUGUCAUGAACAGAUUUGUUAGAAAAAAAACGAAUUUGAUUAUGCUAUUUUUUCCGCAUAAAACUGCCAAUUAAUAAGUAUUAUUAUUUGGUAUUAACUAUUAUUAUAUUUAUGUAUAUAGAAAUAUCUUUAAAAGCCUUCAAUUAUGUUAAUAGCCGUUUAAUUUUAUAUCGAAAGGCUCUUUAUUUAUGUUGGAAGUUUUUCUGUAGGCCGGUUUAUGCCUUUUUUUUUAAUCUUAAAUUUUAAAUAUUACCGCUAAUAAUUUUGAUCUUGCUAGUCGCGUAACAACGAUCGGGUACCAAAAAAAUAUUUAAACCGAUUAAAUCAUUUUUAACAUUUAAGAUUAAAUAAAUAUAUCAAUCUGUCGACAUUCUUAUUAAAGAAGAAAAUUCGUUGAAUCUUGAACGUUAAAAACAGGUUAUAAUCUUAUUAUCAUUUCUUCGCCGUUUUUUGCCGUUAAAUCAAGAGGAUUUAGAAUUAGUAAGAUACUAUUUUUCCUCUAUGAAUUGGUAUACAUGGUGUUCUUUAAAGUAAUAGCAAUAUUUAAGGAAAUACUUAUUAGGAAUAUGUAUAUCCUAAAAUUCUUUAACUUAUGAGAUACUGGGUGGUAAAGCUUUAAAAUAAUCGGUUUUCUAAUAAUAAUUGAGGUAAUAUUAUAGAUAUCUUUAGAACAUUUGGAAAAUCUCAUUUCUUUACAUUAAGUUGCAUUUUCUAAUGAAAUUUUUAUUUUCUCUACCAGUGGCGAGUUUGCACAGGUUGCGCAUUAAAUAUUUUUGGAGAAAUACUACGCCACAGCUUGCUCUUAAAAUACAUAUUUUUUAAAUGUUCCUUAAUUCUGGAGUUAAUUUAAUCUUCUCGUUAAUUUUUCUCGAACCCAAGGUUUUCGUUUCAAAAAAAUAAAAAUCGUUUGAAUUCAGUAUCAAUUCCUUAAAAAUCCGAGGCGGUAUGGAAUGUUUGUUCGUUGAUUGAGAGCAAAUAAAGAGAUAACAUUUUUCAUUAAAAUAAUUAAAUUACAAUUGCCUCAUAAUGCAGAUUACUUAUCUUAGUAUUAUUAAUAUUUAGUUAAUGUUUAAUUUACAUUAAUUAAUUAUUUUUAAAAAAGUAUAAAUAUUAGCCACUUUCUCUUAAUAAGCAUGCUUCCGACUGUCUACGCUUGGAAUUACGCACAAAUUCAACAUAUUCUUGGCGUAUUUCAUAUAAUUUAACAGGCUAGGUGCAUGUGAGUAGUUUGCUUUUUUAAAUCUUCUAAAGUAUUAAUGGAACUUUUAUACAUUGGCAUUUUAAGUUUCUACUCUUCUACUCUCAUGAAACGAAAUCUAAAGUGUUAACAUCUUGCUGGUUAUUGAAAUCAUACUUUGAAAAAGUCACUUCGUCUGUGACCAAAACGUGUGACUCAAAAACUGGAGAUACCACUGACAGAAGUUCAUACGCUGUAGAGACUAAUGCCUAUACUUUUUAAUGGGUACUGGCAUGGGUAUAACAAAACUCAGUCAAAAUAUUCAGAGUUUAUUUUAUUUCCUCGUACUUGUCUGAGGAUGUUUUUCCAUUUCUGCAGCACCUCAAUUUCAGGAGUUGAGUAGUUUUCUUAAAACUACCAGUUUCCCUAAGUCGCCGAUAAAUAUUUAAGAAGAUACGGUUAUCUAGUAAGGUUCGUUUGUCCUAUUUGUUCGUCCUAUUUGUAUAAUAUACCAUAUUUCCAAAACAGGAAACAAUCAAAAUAACUUUAACAAACACUUAAGAAUUAAAUAAGUGAAGCACUGUGGUAGUUUCUAAUACCAACAGCGUGUUUUGUAGCAGCACCAGAUUUUGAUUCUUUUGAGCAAAAACCAUGCGUCGAACAAAGAUAAACCGGAAGAUAAAAAAAUGAAUAAACAUUUUAAAAAUAUAUUUUCAUUUGUGGCAUAGUAUUUUUUUCUAAAAAUAAUCAGUGCACAACCCGUACAAACGCCACUGGCGAAAAAAUCAUGUACCUACCUCAGAAAAUAUUAAAAAGUUCAUACAGAUGUAUACAAUAUUAUCUCAAUGCUUAUAAUAAAAUUUAUUUUUUUUAAACUUUCCAUCCUGUAUCUCAAAAGUUAACCACGUUUAGGAUAUACAUUCAUAGGAAGUUUUUUGUUAAAAUUGUAUUUAAGGAACAGCCUGUAGAAGCCGAUAAAGUUUGAACAUUCUGUACAGAAGCUCUGGUUUGAUUAAUUAUUAGCCAUUUUCUCGAAUUUGUUUUUAUUAGAUAUUACUUAAAUGUUAAAAGUUAUCGCAAUAGUUAAGUUUUCUUCUAAUUGUACUGCCUAAAAGAUGAUACUGCUUGAUUUUCGGAAUGAUUUGAUUUGACAAACUUUAAUAAGUUUCAAGUUAUUAAGUGAUAAAUUCAUUAAAAUUCAUUUAUUCAUAAAAAAAAACAAAAAGGAAAUAUACUUGUUUGUUUAUUGUUAUUUUAUAAUUAUUCCAUCAAUCUAGUUUUAUUUUAGUUUUAAAUUAUAUCAAGUGGCAUUAACACAUUUAUUAUUGUAAAAGUGCCAUUUCUUUAUAAUUUAACUGUUUUUUUUAUUUAUACGGCUUUUCGGAAAAUAAAACAAUAAUUUUUUUGUU